AUGGAGAAUGAGAAGUGGUGUUAUCGUGGAAGAGCAAAUAUGAGUACUCAGAAUAACACGGAUGGGGACAUUGAGAAUCUUGUUCCUCCCAAGCCUCAAGUCAAAUCAUCUGGAACAGUAUUACCAUAUGUUGGUGUUGCCUGUCUUGGAGCCAUUCUAUUUGGUUAUCAUCUUGGGGUGGUAAAUGGUGCUCUUGAGUACUUGUCCAAGGAUCUUGGUAUUGCUGAAAACGUUGCAAUAAAAGGGUGGGUGGUAAGCACACUUCUGGCCGGUGCCACAGUUGGAUCUUUCACCGGUGGGUCAUUGGCUGACAAGUUUGGGAGAACUAGGACUUUUCAACUUGAUGCAAUUCCACUCACGAUUGGAGCAUUUUUAUGUGCCACUGCACAGAGUGUUGAGCAAAUGAUAAUUGGGCGCUUACUUGCUGGCAUCGGAAUUGGCAUCUCAUCAGCAAUUGUCCCACUUUACAUUUCUGAGAUCUCCCCAACUGAAAUUCGAGGUGCACUUGGAUCUGUAAACCAGCUUUUUAUAUGUCUUGGAAUCCUUGGAGCACUGGUGGCUGGACUACCUUUAUCAGCAAAUCCAUUAUGGAAUUCUUGCUAUUCAAUCUACUUCUCUGGCAAGUACACUAAUAAAGUGAAUGGAAAUAGUUCGAGUAAAAGUCUAUUCAGACAUUUGCUCACUGUAAAACAGAAGACAUAUUAA